AUGGCUGAUGAUUUGGUCUCGUGCGCGGCUGCAGGAGCCGUUCACUGCGCCCAGCCCUGUGCCAAGCAGAAGUACCGCAGUCAUGCCCACUCACAGGGCCUGUUAGACGGGCUCCUGAUGCUGCGACAAGGAGGGAUCCUGUUUGAUGUGGUGCUCUUGGUGGAAGGAAAGGCCAUUCAGGCUCACCGAAUUCUCCUGGCGGCCUCCUGUGACUACUUCAGGGGGAUGUUUGCCGGCGGUCUGCGGGAGAUGCAGCAAACUGAGAUCCCCGUCCGUGGAGUCACAUACACAGCGAUGACCAAACUGCUGGACUUCAUCUACACGUCUGAGCUGGAGCUGGACCUGGACACGGUACAGGAAGUGCUGUGUGCGGCCACUCUGCUGCAGGUCCAAGAUGUGAUCGGCUUCUGCUGCGACUUCCUGUUCGCCUGGCUGGAUGAUGACAACAUCUUGGAGGUGGAAAUGCUAGCCGACAUCUAUGGCCUCAACCAGCUUGGGGAAAAAAUUCGCUCAUAUCUGCUCAAGAACAUCCAGACCUUCUCACGCACGCCGGUGUACCGAAAGCUUCCUCCGGAAAAGAUCCUGAGUGUCCUUUCCAGCAACGAUCUGGAGGUGAACUCGGAGAACGAGGUGUUUGAAGCAGCCCUGCACUACCAUUACACUCCUGAACAGGUGGAGAAGGAUGAGGUUUGCUUACAGGAUCCGUUGCAGAUGUUGGAAGCAGUGCGCUUCUGUCUGAUGGAGAAGCACGUGUUGCAGCGCUUACACAGCCGGAUAAAGCAGUGUCCGCUGCGGGACUCGGUGGCCGCUGCUCUGCGUUACCACAGUCAGGAGCUGUGGCAGCCGGUGAUGCAAACCCCACUCACUCAGCCUCGCUGCAGCUCCCAGUGCAUUGUGGGAUUCGGCGGCAUGUAUUCAUCCAGCACACUGGUGGACAAUGAGGAGCGCUUCCAGGUGUUCCACCCCUCCUGGGGCGAGUGGCGUAGUCUGGCUGCAGAUCGCGCCUCUCGCAUGUCCAACAUGGGCAUCGCCGUACUCAAUAACUUUGUGUACUUGAUCGGUGGAGACAAGAACACCAGCAGCUUCCGUGCUGAAGCUCGAUGCUGGAGGUACGAUCCCCGCCACAACACCUGGUGUACUAUCGAGCCUUUACGGCAGCAGCACGCCGAUCAUUGUGUCUGUGUGGUUGAUAAAUAUAUCUACGCCAUUGGAGGACGAGACUACACCAAUGAACUGGACUGUGUGGAGCGCUACAACCCACAAACCAACAUCUGGGAAUAUGUGGCGCCGCUGAAACGAGAGGUAUAUGCCCACGCUGGAGCAGUGAUUGAUGGGAAGAUCUACAUAGCAUGUGGCCGGCGGGGAAUGGCUUAUCUGAAGGAGAGCUACUGUUACGAUCCCAGCGGCAAUCACUGGAGCUUGUGUGCCGAUGGCCCGGUGGAGCGCGCCUGGCACGGCAUGGCAGCACAUAACGGCCGCGCUUAUGUCAUUGGAGGCAGCAACGAUGGUUGCGGUUACCGGCGAGACGUCCUCAAGGUGGCGUGCUAUAACCCAAUAGCAGAUGUGUGGUCUGUGGUGAGCCCGCUGCCUGCUGGACACGGAGAGCCAGGUGUGGCCGUCCUGGAUGGGUGCAUCUACAUCCUGGGGGGAAGAUCACAUGAUAAGGGCAGUCGAAUGAAGUACGUUCACAUAUAUAAGGUGGAAGAGGACCGAUGGGAGAGCGGGACAUCCCUCGAGGACCGUGUAUCUGGGCUUUCAGCAUGUGUCCUGCUUUUGCCACAAGCAGCCAUGGCUCAGGCACGCAGCUGGGAGCAAAGGGCUAAAGCAUCAUGGGAGGAGGUGGACUGGGAUGACUCGGACAACUCAAGCGAGGACUGAAGGUGUUAGCGCUGCUCAGGUGGGGCAUAAAAUUGCAAAAAUGGGGAAAUUGUCCUUUAUUAAAUUGAGCACUUGUACGAAAAUCCAUAAUUCUUUACUAGAUUGAGUUUAGGGAGCGUCCCUGUUGUGCCUGUCUGUAAGUAACUGAAGGUAAGUUGGAAGUGUUCUGGUUUAGAUCAUGUCCAAAUCACACCCUUUUGUGCUUGUGGGUUAAUUUUACUGACUCUUUUAAGUCGUUGUGCCAUUUUAUAUUGUUUUGUGUCCAAAACUUCAUUCAGAACUAUGAGAAACUGUUGUUGACGCUUACACUGUACAUGCACUUUACAAAUACAGUUUGAUUUUGUUUAUAA